AUGGCGGACGAGAGUGACUGCAUUUUCGAUGAUGCGAAACAAGUAAAAGAAAGCAGUAAAUCUACUGGAAAGAAAAGGAAAUUAAGCAAAGAAGAAAAGAAGAGUCUAAAGCAAAAGAAGUCAAAAACGUCUGUAAGGAGAAAACCAGGCUUUGAUAAAGAACUUUAUGAUGAGACUUCGUACUUUGUUAAAAAUGGCUUAAGAUAUGUUGUUCCCUACUAUUUCACUUUCACUUCCCAUUGUAAGGGUCGUUGGGUUGGUAGGAAAAUAUUGGAUGUUUUUAAAGAGGAAUUUCGAUCUGAACCACCAGAAUAUUAUGAAAAAGCCAUCAAGUCAGGAAAAAUAACAGUUGAUGGAGAAUUAGCUACAUCAGAAACAAUACUCAAGGAUAAUGUUGUGAUAUGUCACAAAGUUCACAGGCAUGAGCCUCCAGUCACUGCUGACACCAUUCAGAUUGUAGAAUCCAAUCAUGAUGUAGUAGUCAUCAAUAAACCAUCAUCAAUCCCUGUGCAUCCUUGUGGACGCUAUAGACACAAUUCUAUUGUGUUCCUUCUUGGUAAAGAACAUGGCUUAACUAACCUCUUUACUGUGCACAGGAUUGAUAGAUUGACUUCUGGAAUUUUGAUGUUUGCAAGGACCUUAAAGAAAGCACAAGAGUUGGAGGAACAAGUCAGAGAACGACAAAUAGACAAAGAGUAUAUAUGCAGAGUCAAAGGAAAUUUUCCAAGUGAAGAAGUAGAGUGCAACGAACCAAUAUUAGUUGUAUCACACAAGGUUGGAGUUUGUAGAGUCAGUCCAGAUGGAAAACCUUGUAAAACUAUGUUUACUAAACUACAUGGCGAUGAAGGCUCAAGUAUUAUAAAAUGUAAGCCAUAUACUGGCCGUAUGCAUCAGAUAAGAGUUCACUUGCAGUGGCUAGGAUAUCCCAUAAYAGAUGACCCUAUAUAUAAYAGUCCUGUGUGGGGAGAUAAAAGGGGCAAGGGUGGAGUCACUGAUGAUGAGGCACUGAAGGUAAUCAAGAGUCUUGCUGAAUCAUCUCCUACAAUCAUAGACUCAGAAAGAACUGUGGCAAGGAAUGGUGCUAAUUCACCUCUAGUCACUAAUGAUAAUUGUUAUACAACUUCAAAUGAUGAAAGUCAAUCAACUGAAAAAGAGCAAAGCUGCACACAGACCUCACCAGUUAAUGACGAAGGCUCAACACAGACCAAACCAAUAAAGGACCAAGGCUGCACACAGACCUUGCCAGUUAAGGAUCAAGGCUCAACACAGACUGAACCAAUAAAGGACCAAGGCUGCACACAGACCUCGCCAGUUAAGGAUCAAGGCUCAACACAGACCAAACCAAUAAAGGAGCAAGGCUGCACACAGACCUCACCAAUAAAGGACCACAGCUGCAGAGAGAUUACAACUGUGAGAGAUGAACAUUGCAGUGAAUGUAAACUAAGAAGAAGGGAUCCCACUCCUGCUGAACUGACUAUGUGUCUACAUGCCCUGUCAUAUAAGGGUCCUAAUUGGGAGUACAAAACAAAGAUGCCAUCUUGGGCUACUCAAGACUGGAAUGGGAAAUAAAUAAAGAAACGAAUUAAUGGAAAUAUUGAAUAAAAUUCUUUUCAAUUUAAA